UACUUGUUCGAAAGAGACUAUUAAACAAACAGCUCAGUGUAUUAUGCGAGAUAAACUUAGUAAAAAAGAUGUAAAAGCGAUAUCUAGAACCUUAGUCGAAACAUCCCCUGAUGCCGUUGUUGCCUUAUCACGUCUUUCUAGGCUUCAAAAAGAAUUGCAAACUCUCAAUGCUCCAAAGGAAAUAAUCUCUGCUACAUUGAACCCGGAGAUAACCAAAGAAUCCAAUAAAAUCCAACAGGAACAUAGCGAGCAAUGUAAAAAUGAAGUGAUCAAUUUUCCGGACUACUUUUCAUUAGAAUCAGUUAAGGAAAGAUUGGAUGGAUAUGACAUAUCCAAUAUACCUAACAAACAGGCCCUAGCUGAUGUAAUGAUUAUGCUCUGCAUUCGUCCUGCUGAAAUUAAAAACUUGUGUAUAUCUAAUGGGGCCAAUGAAGAUCGGGCAAGACAAUUGCUUACAUGGAUUCAGGAAGCAAUCGUUUCCGGGGA